UAUAAUGAUUUUCGAACAUGAAAAAAGCGCGUUAUCAAAGCAGAAUAUGACUGUGGCAUCCAUUUCCACAACUGCCGAUGCUUCGCAAUAUUUGGUUCAUUCUCUGCCGAUUGAGGGAUGCGUCUAUCGAGGCGAAGGAAAUGCUAACCUUGUUGUUGCUUUACCAUCGAGUUUGCAUGGUAAAACCAGACGGCCCAGUGGCUAUUGUCCCUUCGAUCUCUUUUCCGGUGAAGAAUCACGUAUGGAGCGCGCCCUGGAAGCGCUGUUGUGCUCGCCACAGAAUAACUUAAAAAUAUUUAAGGAGGGAACGCUGAUUUACGACGAAGAGCUUGCAGAUAAAGGUAUACUCGAGCGCAUCCUCGCCGAUUGGUUUUCUAACGACGAUCCGCUAAAGUCUUUCUUGGAACUUACGAGACGAGCCCUUAUGCAACCCUUUGAUGUCGAUCGGGAUUUACCUACUAUGACGAUGUAUGAGCUUGCAGAUGGUGUCAGACUUCCUAGCCGACUUAAACCUGCGCUCGUUCGAAGAGUUAGGACACUUCUCACCGGUAUGCAGAGACUUAUCAUCAACUAUCGGCUCCCAACAUCUAAUGGAAGUUUCAGCAAAUCAGUGGUUUUUAGUAAGCGUUCGAAUAUUAGAUCUGGACAUAAAGAGUCCGACUUGUAUUGA